AGCAGGAAGAUGAUGAAAAAAAGAAGGUUAAGUGUUGCUCAGCCUAUGUUGUCUUGCUUUCCAGAGAUUGGGGUGGGCUUUGUGGCUUUUGGGGUGACCUUCAUCUUCCUGGGGGUCAUCCUCCUCUUUGACAAGGGUCUCUUGGCUAUCGGCAAUAUUCUUUUCCUGGCGGGGCUGGCCUUUGUGGCAGGGCUGGAGCGCAGCUUCCGGUUCUUCUUCCAGCGGCACAAGUGGAAAGGCUCAGGGGCAUUCUUCGGCGGCAUCCUGACAGUGCUGUUGGGCUGGCCACUGAUUGGCAUGUGCAUCGAGGUGUAUGGCUUCAUUGUGUUGUUUAGUGGUUUCUUCCCAGUGGCAAUAAACUUCAUGCGUCGUGUGCCAGUCCUUGGGCAGCUUCUGAACCUGCCCUUCAUCAGCGGGCUGUUGCCACUCGACCCUUCUGCUUGAGUGUGCAGUUUGUGGAUCGGUUAGCAGGGGACUCCAAGAUGAACGUCUGACAGGAGAGCAGGACCAGCGCAUUGAAGUCAGAGAGUGUGUGGCCAGCAGGAAGUCUCCUCCUGUGUGGCAUUACAAGGUGUUGGGUUGGCUUCUAACAUAUAGCUAAAUUGUAUGUAUGUAUCAUUGUUCUCACCAUUAUCUCUUUGAUGGACUGAAACUCAUUUUUCUACCUUUUGAUUUUAACAAAACUCUAUUGAGGUAAAACAAACAUUUUCUUGUUUUCCAAAGUCAAGUUUUGUAUGAUUGUGAAGGUACAACAUCCUUGAUAGAUAUGGAAUAAUACUUUCUCAACUUGUUUACUUGUUUAUGGACUUGACUCAUGAUUGUAUAUGAGUAAAGGGAAAGCCAGGGCAGCGUUGAUAUUGUUGAUAUUUGAAUAUUACGUACCAUCACAGUGGAGAGGCAUUAAGUGUGUGAACAAUGACUGGUGACUAAGAAAGCAGCAGGAAUGGAAAUGUCUGUUCAUUGUCAUGUGAGAUAUUGUUCAGUAAUAAUAAUGGAGAUAGUAAUAAUAAUAAUGGGUAAAAAAAAAAAAAAGAA